CAGCUGAGUGUGAAAUAAAAUGCGUUUUCAGUAGUAGUGUUGAUUUUAUUUUGAAAUUGUAUAAAAUAAUUGUCUGAAAUGGACGUGGUAGGUCUAUUGAGUAAUAUAAACGACAAAUCGGACAUGUUUGCUGUGAAGACAUGGACAUCUGAGUGGUCGAACAAUUUUCAGGAGAAUCAAGUGCUGUGGUCCUUUUGUGGGUGUUUACUGGUGUCCUUACUAGUGGUAUUUUUCUAUUACUACAGAAGAUGGCGGGCGAAAGAAAUAGCAGGAGGCAUAGGUGUAAGCGGCGCGGCGGGGGAACCAGCGAAGAGGUUCCGAAAGAGAGACAAAAUGCUGUUCUACGGGAGACGCAUGCUGAGGAAAGUCAAGUCCAUAUCCAAUUCUGGACAGGGGCGCAAGCGCCGCGCCGUCAUGCGCUUCGCGAGGAAAUUGUUGCAGCUCAAGAAGGAGUCCGCUCCUGAACAGCUUAAGGUGUUGGAACCUCCAGCUGAAUACCUGGAGGAGGACUUGACGAGCGACGACCGGGUGCCCCCAGACGCCCUGUACAUGCUGCACAGCAUCAGGGUGUUCGGACACUUCGAGAAGCCGGUGUUCCUUAUGCUGUGCAAGCAUACCGAGAUAUUGAACCUGCCCGCUGGAACUUUCUUGUUUAAAGUUGGCGACACAGACGAAAACGUGUACGUGGUGCAGACAGGACGUGUGAACGUGUACAUCACGAACCAGGACGGCAGCAGUCUGUCGCUGAAGGUGGUGCGCGCUGGUGAGAGCGUCACCUCGCUGCUCAGCUUCACUGAUGUUCUUACGGGUCAUUCUCAACCGUACAAGACUGUCAAUGCGAAGGCUCUAGAAGACUCACAAGUGAUCAAGUUACCCAUGAGAGCUUUUCAAGAGGUGUUCAAGGAGUACCCAGAUAUCUUUGUUAGAGUUAUACAGAUUAUUAUGGUGCGUCUUCAGCGAGUGACGUUUACGGCUCUCCAUCAAUAUCUUGGAUUGAGUGCUGAGCUGGUCAACCCCGGUCGCGACAAAAGACGUCCAACCACAGUGGCGUCUUCACCAGGGAAGACAGCGAAGAUGGUAGUCGACAAUAGCACCACUAUGCACUCUCCUCAUCAUACGGAGAGACCUGGCAAUGAACAUCUGCAGGAAGGCCACUCCGUGUCAUCGCCCAUUCACAUCCAGGGUAGGCGGCCGCGACCUGACAUGGUGCCUGAUAUCACCUCGUCUAACACGCCUCAGCAACAGCCAGAUGUUCAACCAACACCGUCCCUCCAGAGGGCUAAAGAGGGAUCGUCCUUCAAGAAACGCAAUGACAAUGAAAACUUAGAUGAACAGACCCUCAUCCAAAUAGCGACUGACGCGUUCGUCAAGGAGCUGGGUUUGGACAGCGAUCAUCUUUUGCGCGGCAACGUGCAGGUUCGAGACUUGCCCGCUGGCACUUACAUCAUGAAGGAAGAGAGCCAUAAGAUGUAUUAUGAGUAUAACCCGUACUACCCAGAGCCCGAAAUAAAGCAGGAUGUGGCGCUGGUGUACCUGCUAUCUGGAGCCUUGUUGGUGUCACAGAGAGUGGCGGAUAGCGACGGGGAAGUUCACAUGUUCACCGCUUAUCCAGGUGAAGUAGAGGGCGGUCUGGCAGUACUAACAGGCGAACCCAGCUUCUUCUCGAUCCGCGCGAAGCACUUCUCCCGAAUAGGACUGUUGUCAAAGACCACAGUGUACAGCAUCAUGAGGGAAAGACCAUCUGUCGUGCUGCAUAUCGCUAGCACUGUUGUCAGGAGGUUGUCGCCCUUCGUCAGACAAGUCGAUUUUGCAUUGGAUUGGGUAUUUCUAGAAUCCGGACGCGCAGUAUACCGUCAAGACGAGGAAUCAGGGUCUACCUUCAUAGUGCUGAGUGGUCGCUUGCGGUCUGUGAUCACACAUCCCAACGGCAAGAAGGAACUGGUCGGCGAGUACGGGAAGGGAGAUCUGGUUGGCAUUGUGGAGAUGGUAACCCAAACGCGUCGCAGUACGACAGUGAUGGCGGUGCGCGACUCCGAACUGGCCAAACUGCCGGAAGGACUCUUCAACGCGAUCAAGCUUCGAUUCCCUGUUGUGGUCACGCGACUUAUCAACUUGCUUGGCCACAGGAUUUUGGGGUCCUGGCAGAAGCCAACAGCGGGCCUGGGCGGCGCGGCGACCUUGGAACCUCGACCACUGCAGCACAAUUUCUCCACAGUCGCCGUGGUGCCAGUCAGUGAUGAUGUGCCUUUGACCGCGUUUACUUACGAGCUCUACCACUCCUUGUGUGCUAUAGGUCCGACAGUGCGGCUAACAUCAGAUGUCAUAAGAAAGCUUCUGGGGUUGACCAUAAUGGACCCAAACAACGAGUACAGACUUAGUUCCUGGCUCGCCCAGCAAGAAGACAAGCAUAAGGUGGCGCUGUACCAAUGCGAUCCAAGUCUAACGCAGUGGACUCAACGUUGCAUCCGUCAGGCGGACUGCAUCCUCAUCGUGGCUUUGGGUGACAAGCAACCCAGUAUUGGCAAGAUCGAGAAAGAAAUCGAGCGCCUAGCGAUCCGCACGCAGAAAGAGCUAGUGCUGCUCCACCGUGAGGGUGGUGCCAACCCUAGCGGCACGGUGCACUGGCUCAACAUGCGCACGUGGGUCAGCCAGCACCACCACGUGCGCUGCCCGCACCGCAUGUUCACGCGCAAGAGUCAGUACAGGAUCAGCGAGUUGUACAGCAAAGUGCUGAUGUCGGAAGCGAACGUGCACUCGGACUUCUCCCGCCUGGCGCGCUGGCUGACGGGCACGUCGGUGGGGCUCGUGCUGGGCGGCGGCGGCGCGCGCGGCGCCGCGCACGUCGGCAUGAUACGGGCCAUACAGGAGGCUGGUAUCCCCAUUGACAUGGUAGGAGGAGUGAGCAUAGGCGCGUUCAUGGGCGCGUUGUGGUGCAUGGAGCGAAAUAUCACCACUGUCACGCAGAAGGCUAGAGACUGGUCACAGAAAAUGACCCAAUGGGGAAAGCAGCUAAUGGACCUGACCUACCCAGCAACAUCAAUGUUCUCUGGUCGCCAGUUCAAUACGACCAUUAAGACGACCUUUGGAGAGGUCCAUAUCGAAGACCUGUGGCUUCCAUACUUCACGGUCACAACGGAUAUUAGCGCGAGUUGCAUGAGGGUACAUAGGCAUGGCGUGCUGUGGAGAUACUGUCGUGCGUCCAUGAGCAUCGCUGGGAUAUUCCCGCCUAUCUGCGACCCGACUGAUGGUCACCUCUUGUUGGAUGGCUGCUACACCAAUAAUGUGCCAGCUGACGUGAUGCGCUCGCUCGGAGCGAAGCACAUCCUGGCCAUUGAUGUAGGCUCACAAGAUGACACUGACCUCACCAACUACGGAGAUGAUCUGUCUGGCUGGUGGCUGUUGUGGAAACGAUGGAAUCCGUUCACAACUCCAGUGAAAGUUCCUAAUCUGCCCGAUAUUCAGAGCAGGCUUGCUUACGUCUCGUGCAAUCGACAAUUAGAGGAAGUGAAGAAGUCCGAUUACUGCGAGUACAUUCGCCCGCCAAUCGACGCGUACAAAACCCUGCAGUUUGGGUCUUUUGAUGAGAUCCGUGAAGUGGGGUACCGUCACGGCGCGGCCUACUUCGAGGGGCAGAGGCGCGGGGGCGGUGGCGGAGUCAGCGGGGCUGCUACCGAAGGAAAGAAGGCUGAUGUGCAGCCUUCACUUACUGACUACACCUUCACCGACCUAGCACAAAUGGUGUGUUCGGUGCGUACGGCGCGCGACGUGGACCAUGACUCCUCCUCAUCUUCAGACUACGAGGAAGACCAGAGACACUUCGAAGGUUACGCCUCCGAGCCCAGCGCUGGGAUUCUAGAGAUGUCUUCAAGUUUAGAGGAGGCGGCGGCUUGGAUCAGUGACACUGAAUUGGAAGGUCUUCGCACUCGACGCGUCGGGGGGUCCCUCUCGCUCUCAGAAGACGAGAUCGACUCUGAAGCCGAAGUGUACGACCCCCUUAACAAGAGAGGGGGUAGGUGAGACCCGCUGUUGCACGAUUUGUGCAAAGCUCUAUUUCAAUACGCGCAGGCUGGGAAGGAACUGGCUAGCGACCAGUGAAUUGGUAGCCAAUUAUACAAUUGGGAAGAUAUUUUGGUUAAUAUAAGCCGUAUUCAUUAGAGGAGGUGUCUAAAAGCCCCGCAUGCUUAAAUCAUCAUCUAAAACAGCCAUAUUGCAAUUUGAUAUUUGCGCAUAUUAAAGUAAGUGUGCAAUGCAAACAUAUGUCAAAUAGCAAUAUUGCUUUUUUAGAUGAAUUGCUUCGAUGUGGGGUUUUUAACCCCCCUGAACUAUAUAAAUAAAUUUUGUAAUGGGGAGGGAGCAAAUUAAAUUUUUGUAGUCUCUGCUUACCCAGGGGAAGUCCGGCCAUUUGUACCAUGAAUGAGCCGUUCACAGUGCCCUGGUGUACGCACUGCUGUGCCGACUCCAUAGCACCUUGCCCUACUACUUUCUCCCCACCUAUUCACUCUUCUUCAAAACUAGAGUGAAUAGGCAUUUACUAGGUAAUUGUGUACCACCUUAGACCACAUCUCCACACAAACAGGUGGGAUUGUGUGUUAAAACUGAGUUUAAGUAUAGUUUGUUAAAGCUAAAAAGGCGAAUGUCAUAAACAUGAAAAAACCAGAAGAUAGUUUAAAAUUCCAAAGUAUGCUGUGAUUAUAAUAUUUAUGUUACAUUAUUUAAGUUGAUUUAAAAUUACCAGCGUGUAAAUUGGUGCUACCUCAAUGCUAUUUUGGUUUCUUUGUACAAAUCAGUCAAAUAUAAGUUAGUUGGAUAAGCUGUGAAAUAAUUUAAAUCAUCAUCGUCUCCAUAGCGUUAUCCCGUUUACACGGGGUCCUC